CGCCUCCCUGCCCCGCCCCACAGCGGCCCAUCCUUCCCUCCCUAGAGGUGGCCUGAGUCUCUCGGAGUGGCCACGUGCGCUCUUGCGCGCUGGCGGGACGGCCCUCCCGGUGACGUGACCGCCCACUCGGAGCUCUCGGGCUAUAGCUUGCCUGUCUCCCGCUCCCACAAUCCGGCGUGAUGGCUGCCGUGGUACCUGGCGCCGUUUCUCUCUCCCCACUGCUGUCUGUUCUCCUGAGCCUGCUGCUCCUCUUUGCUCCGCAUGGCGGCAGCGGCCUGCACACGAAGGGCGCCCUUCCCUUGGACACAGUCACUUUCUACAAGGUCAUUCCCAAAAGCAAGUUCGUCUUGGUGAAGUUCGACACCCAGUACCCCUAUGGAGAGAAGCAAGACGAGUUCAAGCGUCUGGCUGAGAACUCAGCCACCAGCGAUGAUCUCUUGGUGGCAGAGGUGGGGAUCUCAGACUACGGUGACAAGCUGAACAUGGAGCUGAGUGAGAAGUACAAGCUGGACAAAGAGAACUACCCAAUCUUCUACCUCUUCCGGGACGGGGACUUUGAGAAUCCUGUCCUAUACAGUGGGGCAGUUAAGGUUGGAGCCAUCCAGCUCUGGCUAAAGGGGCAAGGGGUCUACCUGGGCAUGCCUGGAUGCCUGCCUGCAUAUGAUACCCUGGCAGGCGAUUUCAUCAAGGCCUCCACCGUAGAGGCCCGCCAGGCCAUCUUGAAACAGGGGCAGGAUGGCAUCUCAGGCGUGAAGGAGACAGAGAAGAAGUGGGCUAGCCAGUACCUUAAGAUCAUGGGGAAGAUCUUGGACCAAGGUGAAGACUUUCCAGCCUCAGAGAUGGCUCGGAUCAGUAAGCUGAUUGAGAACAAGAUGAGCGACAGCAAGAAAGAAGAGCUGCAGAAGAGUUUGAACAUCCUGACUGCCUUCCGGAAGAAGGGGGUCGAGAAGGAGGAGCUGUGACAGGGCACAAGGGUUUCCCAGGGUUUGCUGAGGGCAGGAAGGGAGAGCUACCUAUCUGCCGACUGUGGGACCCCUGUGGGGUCGAAGGGGCAGUGAGCAAAGCAGUCCUAAGCCAGAAACCUGUGCCCUGAGUAUGCCUGGACAUUCAUGCUGCUGAGACCAUACUUAGGACAUCCCCAGAACCAGUCUGUGGAGAGCCUGUGUGCUCAGUCAAGAUGGCUGGUGAAAUUCCUCCACAGGAGUUGGUGCUAUAGAGGGAGGCACUGCCCAGGUCCUUGACGAGUGUAAUUCUGAUCAAAUAAAAGUCUGUUUUGGUUAGAUGGU